AUGAUGGAGCAGAGACAAAACGCUAUUUACCCGUCGAAUUUGACGGAUUUGUUUUAUCAGCAGAGUUUAAACAGAUUGUCGGCGUUGGGUGACGGUGAAGAGAAAUACAAUGCGGACCCUUACACCGACACUGCGGAAAACGCCGACAGAUCUUCGUCACCUGUCUCGACGAUUGAAGACAGCGACAGUCAGUCGGCUUUCGGCGUCGAUUUGACUGGUAAAGGCACAAAUUUAGCGGGAAAAUCAUUCACAAUCGCCGCCAUCUUGGGGUUGACGAACGCUGAAGAAGAUGCGAUGAAUCUCAGCGUGCAGGAGCGGCUGCAACAGAACCAGAGACACUUGCAGAACUAUUUAUACGCUGGACAUGAAAUGCAAAGGCUGAACGAUGGAUUCUGCAGAAGUAUGGUCGGAGUGCAGCCGACGUUAGCGCAAGACAGUCCAAGAUCUGAGCUCAGGCCGCAGAUCGGGCAAAUGAAGAACUCCAGGCCGCAGUCCAUGACGUGUUCUAAUAGCACUGGCAGAAGUAAGAGGAUAAGAACGAUAUUCACUCCGGAACAGCUGGAGCGGCUGGAGGCGGAAUUUGAACGGCAGCAGUACAUGGUGGGGCCGGAGAGGCUGUAUUUGGCGCACGCUUUACAGCUCACCGAAGCACAGGUGAAAGUUUGGUUUCAAAAUCGACGUAUUAAAUGGCGAAAACAUCACCUAGAAGUAACUCAGCAAAGACUCGCAGUGUUACAAAGACACAGGCCCGAGGAUCGUGACGAUGACGUGUGA